UUGCAGUUUGGUUUCUACGUUGGUUGGCUGAAAGUUGCAGAAGUCCUAAUAAAUCCAUUUGGUGAAGACGAUGACGAUAUUGAAUUGAAUUGGUUGAUCGAUCGACAUAUAAAGGCUGCUUAUAUGAUAGUCGACGAAAUGCACGAAGAGCAUCCAGAGUUGUUAAGGGAUCAAUAUUGGGAAGAAGUGGUUCCAAGGGAUCUUCCUUAUACGGUGGCAUCUGAACAUUAUAGGAGGCAUGAACCACCUGGAUCUGCUGACAGAUAUAAGGUCAGCAAUGCUGAUUCGAUGUAUGCCAACCUCAUGCCUCCUGUUAGGAAACACGAUGAUGUUUAUGCUGAUUAUGAAAGCGUCGACACUCCGCUGGUCGAGCGUCGCAAAAACUGGUUCGCUCGCCAGAUAACCCGCAUGGGCAGUGUCCGGUCCGCGUCUACGGCCUAUUCCUCCGGCGGACCCGGACUUUUCGCCAGGCCGAGGGUCAACAGCGUCUACAGCAACGGGCCGGACCAGACAGGACCGAAUUUGAAUCAAAAUCAACUGCAGCAUAAUCAAGUUACUGCACUUGCUGGCAGUGGACAAAACUUGCAUAAGAUGUCUUUGUAUGACAGACUGGUUGGAAGGCAGAAAUCGCAGAGGAAUAAUAAGCAAUUUGCUAGACACUCUUCUAAGUUGAACGGUUCUGGUGUACCAGUCACGGUCAAAAAUCGACCUAGAAUUCCAACUCCAGACGUCACCAAAGAAGUUGUCGAUCGUGAGCAAAAGCUUCUCCAGAGUGCUUUGCAGAACCAUGCUCAAGGUGUUACUUUGAUGGCUCAUCAGCUUUCCGGAGCAACACCGCCGAACUAUAACGCCAGCCAAACCCAAUUCCAGACCACGAACGAAGUUUCCGUGGUGGGUGCUCUGGUAUUAUCUCCAAUCCAAGAACUCGAAGGAGGCUCUCACAAUAGCACCCUGUUGCCCAAUUCUCCAAGCACUGCUGCCUUAGCCCAAGCCGUUUUACAGCCUACUCUUCAAUCCGCAGGCUUAUCCACGAUCCCAGUGACAAUGCCAGUUUCAGUAGCCGUUUCUCCAAUGGCUCUGCCAGUGUCCAUAGCUCAACUAGGCUCUUUAGGUUUGGUCACCACGACCAGUGCUCCGAUUGUGGAUACUGUCCCUAGUAAAACUCCUAUGACUAUUACGGAAAUUACAAGUUCUAAUUCUGAUGAUAGCGGAAACGGCAAUGACAAUGCUUCUGAGACGGGGUCUCAAAAUAAUGCAUUGAGUUUGCAAGAAGGUGAGAGAAGUAGGAAGACCAGUGCUGUUUCUCAGAAAACUCCGAAAUCUGGUGAAGUUUAUGUAUAAAACACGGAUUGAGGUAAUGUAAUUUAUUACAAUUUUAGUACCAAUGCUGAGAUUCAUAGGCAAUAUUUUUGGUCAGAUAAUGAAAGAAAAUAUUUUCUGAUGUUAAUAACUUUUAAGCGAAA